AUGAUCUCCUAAACUUAACGCUGUGUUAUGUGUUAAAUUGUACACAAACCAAUGAGAAUUCAACAAAAUUCAGGGGGUGGGUUUGAUUAUUCAAUCAUAAUCACCCACUCUCACUUCUGAUAGUCUUUGAUCAAUCAAAACCACCCCUGAAUUUUGAAUGAAUUCUCAUCGGUUUGUUUCUGUACAAUUUAACACAAAGCUGUAAGUUUUAGUAAAUCCGGACUCCAACUAAAACUGGGUCUCUCUCCCUCCCUUUCCUGAGAUUCGUGUUCCACGUAGAGAUGUCUGAAGUCUAUAUAUAUACAUCCAGAAUCGACCCAGAAGAGACACAACAUUGAGAAAAGCAGCAUAUACAUACAGAGAAUAUAGAGAAGAGUACAAAGAAGAGAAUGGACGGGGAAGAGCAGACAAUGAAGAGAAGAGAGUGUCAUCCUCUACUCAGAGGAGGAAGGAGACAAGGCAGCUACAGUCAUGGGUUUUCUUUAUCUGAGAUGCAAGUAGUCACUGCCAUCUGUGAGGCUCUCAUACCGCCUAUCCCACUAGGUUCUCUCCAUGUCAACGGCAAAGAAAGCCCACCCAGCAAAAGUAUUCAGUCCUUCUACCUUGCUUCUGGCUCUCAGAAGCCUAUCCCUGAUGAGGUUGCAGAGCUUAUUGUCACGAAGGCAUUAUGGCAUGGCGUUCUCGUAGUGCGACUGCUUCUGUGGAUGCUCUCAACCAGAUUGGGAACACUACUGAUUUGUGGUACUCUAAGCUUUGGUUCCCGAUGGCCAUUCCUUUGCAAGUUCUCAGAACUAUCCUUGGAGAAAAGAGAAGAGGUUCUGAAGAAAUGGUCAAGGGCGAGGUAUCAGAUACACCUGAGACUAAUGUUUGCCAUGUUCAAAAUCUUCUGUUGCUUCGCAUUUUUCAGCCUGACUGAUGAAAAUUCAACAAACCCAGCAUGGGAUGCGAUUGGGUAUCAUGUAGACACAUAUGAGAGCUCACACAAAACAGACAAGAAGAGGCCCCUCCAGAAAGGAAUCAUAGAAACAAUGAAUGAAUCUGAUUCAACUCUUGUCCAAUCCCUCACCCAAAAAGGCUUCAAAGUCACUGAAGAUCCAAAGAGGAACCUCCACAAAAUUGAGUGUGAUGUUGUGGUUGUUGGCUCUGGUUGUGGUGGGGGAGUAGCAGCUUCAGUCCUUGCGAGUUCUGGACAAAAAGUCAUUGUCCUUGAGAAAGGCAAUUACUUCGCGCCUGAAGAUUAUUCUUCUGUGGAGGGCCCCUCCUUGAACCAACUAUACGAAUCAGGAGGAAUGCUAUCAACUUUUGAUGGGAAAGUGAUGAUAAUGGCUGGAUCUACAGUCGGUGGUGGUUCUGCUGUGAACUGGUCUGCAUCCAUCAAAACACCCAGUUCUGUGCUCAGGGAGUGGUUUGUUGGUCACAAGAUUCCACUUUUUGGUAGCUCUGAUUAUCUCUCUGCCAUGGAUGUUGUGUUUAAAAGGAAUGGUGUCACAGAAAACUGUGUCAAGGAAGGACUACAGAAUCAAGUCCUUCAAAAAGGGUGUGAAAAUCUCGGUCUGAAAGUUGAGUCUGUGCCACGGAAUUCCUCGGAGAACCAUUACUGUGGAUCUUGUGGUUUUGGUUGUAGGAGAGGAGAUAAACGAGGGACUGAUACUACUUGGCUGGUAGAUGCUGUAGAUCAUGGUGCUGUGAUCUUAACAGGAUGCUUAGCCAAGAGGUUCAUGUUGGAAAAGAAUAACCAUGGUAGAACUAAAAAGAAGAAAUGCUUGGGAGUGAUGGCAAGAGCUUACAGUAAGAAUAUCACAAAGGAAUUGCAAAUUGAGGCAAAGGUAACAAUCUCAGCAUGUGGGUCUCUCUUGACACCUCCUUUAAUGAUAUCUAGUGGGUUGAAAAAUCCAAACAUUGGCAAGAACCUGCGUCUCCAUCCUGUUACAAUGGCAUGGGGAUAUUUCCCCGAGUCGAUGCCAAAGCUUAAAGGGAAAGCAUUUGAGGGGGGAAUAAUCACAUCAAUACAUAAGGUGGUCACAGAAAAAUCUGAUGUUCAGGCCAUCAUUGAAACUCCUGCACUUGGGCCUGCUGCAUUUGGCUCAUUGGUCCCUUGGGUGUCAGGGCUUGACAUGAAGAAGAGGAUGGUAAAAUAUGCAAGGACUGCUCACUUGUUUGCACUGAUCAGGGAUCAGGGUUCAGGAGAAGUGAAAUCCCGGGGAAUGAUAACAUAUGAAUUUAGCAAGUCAGACAAGGAGAACCUUAAGGCAGGAUUACAGCAAGCCUUGAGGAUUUUGAUUGCAGCAGGAGCUGUUGAAGUGGGCACUCAUCGAAAUGAUGGGCAGAGAAUAAAAUGCAAAGGGAUUAAGGAGGAAGAUUUGGAGGAAUUCUUGGAAACAGUUACUACAGCAGGAGGUUUUCUGUCAGGGGAAGAGAACUGGACCUUAUAUUCCUCUGCUCAUCAGAUGGGGAGUUGUAGGAUGAGUUCUACUGAGAAAGAAGGUGCAGUUGAUGAGAAUGGAGAAAGUUGGGAAGCAGAAGGCCUAUAUGUAUGUGAUGGAAGUGUUUUGCCAAAUGCAGUUGGGGUUAAUCCCAUGAUCACAAUCCAGUCCAUCGCUUACUGCCUGUCAAAGAAGAUUGCUAAAUCAUUGAACAAGGGCAAAUUCUCUGAGGGCACAUAAUCUCCACUGCUUUCUAUCUGUUACUUCCAAUAUAUCUUUUAUAUAUAAAAACCUUUGGUUGUCAUUACUUACUAUUACAAAUGUAAUUGAAUAAUUAAGAGGUCAUAUGAUUCAUGCUGAUUGCUUUGCUUAUUGAUGCAAUGUGAUGUUCUAUAGAAAUGUGAACAUAAUUUUCAA